AUGUCGUCCCCGCACGCCGCCCAGCAGGCCAAAUCAAUCACCCUCAUCAUAUCACCCUUCCACGUCGGCAUCGCCAAUCAUCGUGUCGGCAACGGUCCCAACAGGAUUCUUCAGAGAGCCAUUGUUUCGGAGCUCGAAAAGCUCAAUGUGGCAGUGACCGUCAAGAAACUCGAGCCCGUCGAUUCUUUCGAGGGGGAAAUCGGCCGCAGCUUCGCACUCCUGGCCCAGACUUCCAAAGCCGUCACGGAUGCCGUCAACGCUGGAUCUUUCCCGUUGAUUCUUUCUGGAAAUUGCCAUGCUACAAUCGCUGCUGCUUCCGGGCUGAAUCUCACUCAUAUCGGCGAGUCUUCAGAGUUGGGAUUCGUCUACUUUGAUGCCCAUGAUGAUUUGGAGUCWCCUUCAACAAACACCAAUGGCUACUUUGACGCGAUGGGGAUGAAUAUCCUCAAGGGCGAGAGUUGGCAUGCACUGUCGGAGACGAUCCCGGGAUUCAAGCCAUAUGAUCUGAAGAAGCUCGUCUACUGUGGUCUGCGAGACAUUCAGGACUGCCAGAGGCAAAUGGUCAAGGACAUGGGUCUUGAUGUGGUAUGGGGAUCGACUGAGAAGCACGUGGAGUACGAGGCAGAUUUGAGCGCGAUUUUGGAGCGGAGAAGAUUGGGAAGUGUGUGUGUACAUUUGGAUUUGGAUGUUCUGGACGAUACUCUCGGACCCGUCAACGAGUACCCAUCACCUGGAGGAAUGCUGGAAUCGGAUGUUUUGUCGUGUUUGAAGAUGGUUCCGAAUAAGUGUUCGCCUGCCAGUCUCACGGUCUGUUCUUUCAAUCCCGAUGCUGGAGAUGGAGAUAAGAUUGCGGAUAUUGCUGUCAAGGCUGUUGUUGGAUUUGUCGGCUCUUUGGUGGAAACAGGAGCACUAUCACGGAAGCUAUAA